AUGCAGAGGACACCCCUUCACUGGGCCUCUAAAUCAGGAAAACUCGACUGCGUACGAAAGCUUCUUGACAAAGGCGCUGAUGUGGAACCAAGAGAUCGCGAUGGUAUGGCGGCGCUUCAUUUUGCUGCCGAGUCGGACUACUUGGACGUCGUUGAGGCACUUCUCCAACAGGAUUCGCACACCAACUCGGUGGCACACAAAAGACAGACACCAUUGAUGUUAGCGGCCAGAGCUGGUCAAAGAAACGUUAUCCCUCACGUCAUCAAGACUCUAGUCAGGUUGGGAGCUAAAGUGGAUGCCCGCGGGAAAGCGGGACGUACACCUCUAUUAGCCGCUGUUAGUGAUAACCAUAUCGGACCUGCGCUCCCAGCUGUGAAGCAAUUGCUUGAUUGUGGCGUAGAACUUGAAGCCACAGACUUGCGAGACAGAAUAGCAUGGGAAUUAGCUUCUUGUUGGGGCCGCGACAAUCUAGCCGAAUUUCUGCUAUGGAUCCGAAGAUCGCGUAGGCUGCAUGUUCCUGAAUAG